CAAACCACGAACAAUAUCUCCGUCGUUAGGCAGAGAACCUCACUUCAGUCUUUCCUUCAGGUCGCUAGCGAUGUUUACUGUACUAUAGAUUGGUUUCUUCUUUUAUUUCAACUUUCGCUUCCUCAAUAGACAGCUUCAACUCCGCAACCCGCCAGGAUGAACACCAUGGCCUCGCGCACCCUGCGCACCUCCUCGCACCUCCAGCACAACUCCCCACUCGCCAGCAUCUUCCUCCAGCACAUCAACACCUCAAUCCCCCUCAGCCAGCGACACACCCCACGCGCCUACUCAACCGACACCACCGAGUCCCUCACCACGGAAAAACCCCGCAACAACCGCCUCAACCCGCCCGCCUCGACCCUCCCCCCACCCCUCGUCAUCCCCCCCAAGAACCCCGACCAAUCCUUCUUCCGCAACCUCUUCAACCAAGGAAAAGGCUACCUGACCUUCUACAAAACCGGCGCCCAAUUCAUCUUCACCAACCUCUCCCUCUCGCACGCCCCGCAAGAGCUCGUCGACAAGAAAUACGACGGCGCUGUCUACGAAGCCGUUCGCGACCGCAACUUCAGUCGCGCGCAUUACCAGCUCCUCCUCCGCUCCUGGCACGACAUCAAGCGCCUGCCUGUCUUUGCGCUGAUAUUUAUCGUCUGCGGGGAAUUCACCCCGCUCAUCGUCUUCGCCUUCUCAAGCGUCGUGCCGUACACAUGUCGCGUCCCGCGCCAGAUCGAGGCGGAUCGCGAGAAGAUUGAGGCAAGACGCAAGACCUCGUUCCGUAACUUGACAAUGGCGUUCACGCCGGGGAAGGAGCUGGAAAGGGAACAGCUGCUGCAUAUCUCGUGGUCGUUGGGCUUGUCGAGCAAUAUGUGGGAUCACAUUGGUGGCACACCGGUGGCGCUGUUGAAGGGGCGCGUGGCGAGUCAUGUUGAGUACUUGCAGACGGAUGAUAGGCUGAUUAGACGCGAUGGGGUGUUGAGUGACUUGGAGGAUGAGGAGGUUGCGAUUGCAUGCACCCAACGCGGGAUUGAUGUGGUUGGGCGCAGUGAGGAGCAUUUGAGGGAGAUGUUGGAGAAGUGGAUGGCAGCGAGUAAGAAUACGCCUAUGGAGAAGCUGUUGCUCACGAGGUAUGUUUCUUCUUGGGGAAUUGGGUUGAGAGAAAUGAGGAUCCAUUGCUAACGGCUCGGCCUCAUAGACCGAAUGUCUGGCCAGUGCCGGCGAAGAAGGGCAACUGAUAUCCAAGCACGACGGACACACUUCACGGCAUUUGGGCAUUCACGGCAUCCAUUCCGAUCUCUGGGACAUCUGUAUUACCAUCUACUACAUCAGCCGCGAUAUCCCAUCUCUAUGUACACUAAAGCCAUCCCGCACGAAGGCGUUCAGGAAGAUAGACGAGCUCAUCCGCUCAAUUGAGCGGAGGGAACGAACGAAGAAAGAGAGCCCAGAAAGGGCUACUAUAUGUAGAACACCAUAUUCAGCUCAGAUAUAUUUAAUGUACCAUAAGCCAGGUUAGCAAAUUUAAUCAACGUAUUCUUGAA